AUGUCCCCGCUGUACGCUCCCUUAGCUGCCGGUGCCGAGGACGACGGCCUGAGCCCGUUGCUUCCGGAGGAGCUCACCGUGUCCACCGUCGCCGCCAGGGCGGUCGGCACCGGGCACCACAUGCUCAAGGUGGAGGGCUACUCGCGGCUCAAGCGCAUGCACGGCGACAACGGCAGGUCCCUCCAGUCCGACGAGUUCAGGGCAGGCGGCCACACCUGGAAGAUCCUCUGCUACCUCGACGGGGCACCCAAGAAGGACGCCGGCUUCAUCUCGCUGUACCUCGCGACUGCCGGGAGCGUCGACGUCCACGCCGAGGUCGAGUUCGAGCUGGUCGACCACCGGGGCACGCCGCUGGCGUGGUGGUGGAGGCCGUACCGCAUGCGCAUGCCGGCUAACCCCUUCCGGGCGGGCAAGUCCUGGGGCAUCGCCAAGUUCAUCAGCGCCGAGGCCCUGGAGCGCUCCAGGUUCCUCAGGGGCGACUGCUUCGCCGUCCGGUGCAAGGUCACCGUCGUCGAGGAGCGGGGCGCGGCGGCAGCGGAGGAGGUGCAGGCGGAGGACAUGGAGAGGAUGGGGAUGGUCUGCCUGUGCAAAGACGGCUCGUGCAACAAGCUCCACCGCGCGAGGCCGGCCGAGACCUUCACGGAGGCGUUUGAUAGGUUGUGUCUUUCCAUCAGAUAA